AUGGCUCGUUUAUUCCUCGAACGCGCGGACCAAGCUCCUCUUACUGUGACGCUGAAAAUCAAAACCUACGCUAACCGCAUCGACUCACACCCUUUCUCCACCUUCGAACGCGCUCAUCAGAUACAACACCUCCAUAUCUCCGGCUCCUGGGACUACGACGAGUAUCUGAAACUCAUCCCUUCCUCAUCACCCCUUCUUGAGAGCGUCGUGCUCGACGCACAUGGGACCUUCAGGAAGCUCAGGAAGCCGAGCUACUUCUUCCCUCAGGGUCGUUCAACGAUUCGGGGCCUUGUCAUUGCCCCAGUACAAUCCACUCUCCCCCUUGACUCAUUCCCAAAUCUCACACACCUCUGGCUCUCGUUCACACCGGUCAAGAACCGGGGCGAGCAACUCGCCGAUCUCCCCCGGGUUUUCUCUCGCACCCCUUCGCUCCAGUAUCUGCAUGUAUGCGGUGCUCGCAAUGGCCACGGGUUGUACGAUCUUCACCCGCCCCCAGAGCACCUGUCGGUGGCGCUACCGCAGUUACGCAACUUGACCUUGGUGGAUUUCAACUGGACCUGGAGCUGCGCGUUCCUCCGCGUCCUCGUCCUUCCCGAUGACGCCCAUGUCUACAUCCACCGUCCACGCCUGUGUCUGGAAAUGUUCGAAGAGACGAGUCCGACCGCCGCUUUCCCUCGCCUUGCGCUCAUCCCCUUCUUGGACCGUGCCAUGAUCUGCGAAACCGUACGCACUAUCACCCUCGUCGCUGAAGGGCCCCUCACCACCAAGACGCCCUACGCCUCCCCACGCCCGCACGGCCGUCUGUUCGUUUUCCCGGAGCUCGGCGACGAAGUAGACGCCUUAGCCGAGAGCCUUCCAGCGCUCCUACCGUUCUCUUCCCUGCACGUGCUGCACCUCCAGCUCGGAACCCAAUGGCACUGUGACCUCUUCGCAGUCUACCUGGACCACGCCACGUCGCUCACCGAGCUCGUCGUCUUCCCGGAUCCGGACACGAUGGACGACGAGCAAGCGCUGACCACGAUUCAGCUGCUCCGUCGCGUGCUCUGUGGCGAGGCCCCGCCAAAGUGCCCGGCUCUGCGCGUGCUCGGCACAGUCAUGCCCAUCCCAAACUCGUACGAGGACGAGGACGAGUACCACCAGCACCACCAGCACAACGAACACAAAGAGCACGACGAGCACGACAAUCACGACAAUCACGAUGAGCACGAUGAGGAGGAAGAGCACGAUGAGGAGGAAGAGCACGAUGAGGAGGAGGAGGAGGAGGAGGAGGAGGAGGAGGAGGAGGAGGAGGAAGGGGAGGAGGAGGAGGAGGAGGAGGAAGAGGAGGAGGAGGAGGAGGAGGAGGAAGAGGCCGCUGUGGAGCUCGCGGGAAACUUCGCCGAGGUCCUGCCCAUCCUCAUCGAACGUGCCGCGGCGGGCGUUCCGCUGCACACGCUGCUGCUCGAGCCGCGCAACCUGCGGCUGGGGUGGGGCGAGGAAGGCGACAGCAAGAACCGGUUCCGGGGGAGGGUUACCUAUGCGAAGGUCGUGAAAGAACACUGCAAGCUCUUGCGCACAUUAGUCGACGAGGUUGAGUGGUUGGAGCCGGAUGAGGAGGGCCGUGGAGGACUUGCGGACAGGUUCACGAAAGGGAGCGAAGGGUUCUUGCGAGAAGAGAGUGCGAGGGUGCAGAAGUAUUGGGCGUUGCCUCCACACGGCGUGCCAUGGGAACUACCGUUUCCUCCUCCCUACAGAGAGGAACGUGAGGAUCUCAGCUCAUGGUGA